ACUCAACCAGGUACGCGUUCAGCCGCAACUUUAAGAUAUGGAAACCUGGCAUUCUCGUUCACCAUGGAGCCUUCUUAUAAAAGGUCACCUAUUCUUCGGCCUCAAACAUCCUAUGGUUUGCUCUUUGAAACUUUAACGGCGCGUCCUCUUAUUGGCCAGCAAAGAAUCCACACAUUACCACUGUCAAAGGUGUCCACACUGGUCAGGACGACGCCGACCGGCCGUACAUAUUGCCAUGUUGACGCGGGCAAAGGAAGCCACAUCUCCCGCAAGCUCAGCCGAGGUGCUGCCGGCACAAUUACAACACCGCACGAAUGAACGGAUCGGCACGCUCUUGGUUCAGCAUCCAAGAUCGCCGCAUCGCGAUGAAAGGCAAAUGCUGUCGCGUCUGGAAGUCCUCCGGACUGGGGUAAAAUCUAGCCCUUACCAUCCAGGUGUGCUUAUCAGUCAUGGUUGCUGGCUCUACACGCUUGCUUGCUGGCGUUCGUCGUAUCCACCAUGGUCAGUACUAGUUCGCCAUCGUGGCCAUGGUGCGCGAACCCACCAUCCACUGUUGGAAUCAAAGCUUGCACAAUGGCAUCGCUUAGUGGAGGGAACCUUUCAUGAUGGCAGAGGCCAAUAUUCUCCUGAUGGUCCGAGGGGCGGCAUCUGCGAGUAUUUGGGUCCCCCAGAUUUGAGCAAAGUAUCAAUCACCUUCUGGCGCGCAUCAAUCGCGAACCUGAAGCCAAAAAGGAUAAGACAUCAAGCUAUUCGCUGCUGAGGCCAUCUGUACCAACAGUUCAUCAAACCUUCCAGUCCUCGCACUACAGGCUUAGGGUUUGAUGACACAUCUAACUUUGCAAGAGGAGUUUCUAACAGCCAUGGAAAGAGAGUACAAGAGGGCUUCACUCCCCUUCAUCACUCCCAGUCUUCUCUUCAUCCCUCACAUCACUACUCCGGGUGCAUACAUCAAUCUACGGUCAAAGAACACUCGUUUAAAUCAGUGACAACAAUAUUUACUGCAAACAUCAAUCAUCGAGGGACCAUCCACUCCUUCACAGACACGAGUUUCUCAGAUCAAACUCACAAUUUACCUCACAAGACCGCGCUUCCGGUCAAAGCAGCAAAUUUACCAUCGAACAUAUCACUUCAUUUCAAGACCAGGAUUCGGUCAAAGACAGCAAUCUUCAUUCAAACUUAAUUAAUUCAUCUCAAGGACGGGCUUUCUGGCAAAGACCGCCAUCUUCAUCAAACACAAUCGCUGCACCUCAAAGGCCAAACUACUUUCAAAUCAUUCAAACAUACACGGCACAUUUCAAAGCCUACAUCCCGGUCAAAGACAGCAAUCUUCAUUCUAUACAAACCUCUUCACACAAACAUUACAAUCUUUCAACACACAAAUCUUCGUCUUUGUACCAAACAGUGGAUACAAACAACAAGGUCUUGCCUACAGAAGAUCAUUCUCAAUGGCAUACAAUACUUUCCAAUAACAAAAUCUUCAUUCAAAUAUCAGAGCCACCUUCCAAGUCACUCACUUCACUUCAAUACCACUUCGCUUCAAUCAUACUCAAUCAUACUCAAUCAACUACAACGGUCUUUCACCAACCUGUCACCGGAGACAACAAGUCAGCUGAGGCAGAGAAUAGCCGUCCUCACAAGUCCUUCGCUUCAACUUUUACCUAUCUAUCACUGUCAUUGCCAAUCUCAAAUCCCGAGUGACUUACUCUACCCUCUCAAAAGUUCAACGACAACUCAGCCAUCUAACGGCGAAGCAAAUCGAUAGCCGACAUCAUGCCGAGACCAAGCAAAUCGAGGUCUAUAGAGGAGUACUCACCAAGCACGUUCAUCAAGCUUCCCGAACGAAGGGCAUCUUGGGAAUACAUACCCGAAAACAAACCUCGCAGAUGCGAAGCACCAAAGAGACACAGCUGGCCUGUGUUUCUCCCAUGUCAAGCUUACGGCCCGGACCAAUCUCCCAAAGCCGUUCACGAGAGAAGACGACUCUCGCUACACAGCCACAUCACCGACCUCUGCUCGACUCUGACCAAUCAAUGUGACGAGAUUUACGAGAGGCUUGAAGAAAUGGACACACGUGCAAGCCAAGACGCCGCUGAGACCUUGAUGUCGUUCACCCAGCUGUGUGCUACGAUUCGUCUCGAACUCAUCACUCUCCGAGGCCACGCGGAAAGGUUUCAGAUCCCCAGGCUGUCCAGUUUCUGGGUCCAAUGUUGGAAGAACAUUUAUGCUGUCCGACAAUCUCUCAAGGAUAUAAGGGAAGUACUUCUCGACCUCGAAGCAGAUUAUCAGGAUCGUCUGGUCGACACAAGGGAAGACAAUUGGAAGGAAGGAAACGGGUAUCAUUCCCUAGACCGGCUGGAUCCAUGGGCCGCAGGAUUUCUUGUCCAGAGGGCCGAGAGAAUACGGGACAAGUACGCUUCAGUCUUCAGAGGACUGCGGGAAGUCAAUCUUUUUGCAACGGAAGGAUGUCCGCUUUUGAGCCAUCCAUUGAAACUACGACGUCUGUGACGUGGAAAAGGGAGUUCGGGGCAUUUUCUGAUUGCACGUUCUAACACACACAACAUUUGAUUGGAGGGUGGAUGCAUUUUACUAUCCCUUCUCUUGAUGCCACUCAGGAAGGGCAUAAUUGGCGAGCUAGGACGCUGGUCGGGUACCAAUAUUGCAUUGCAUGAUAUUGCAAGGAAAUGAAUAAUAGAUAGUAGAGACAGACAUUCUCUCCAAACAAAAGUUCACUUGAAAACCAUA